AGUUCAAAUGCAUCUACAGUAGCUGGAUGGAGCAGAUCAUAUGUUUGAAAACAUGGUUAUUGAAUAAGAUGUCAAAACAUAUUUCACGUAAGAAGAUUGACGUAUAAACGUUUUGAUAAACGAUACUAAUUAAUAUUAUUAUAUUUUAUUAGAAACAAUUGAUAAUAGGUAUUUUUGUAAACAAGAUCCUGAAGAUUAUAAGCAAUGGGUAACUAUCUAUCAAAAGUGUUCAAACGGCUGUUUGAUUAUCCAAUCAAAGAAAAACCAAUAUGCUUUGUGAGACAAGAGGACUAUUCGUCAACUGGAGAACCAGUGGAAACAGGGGACGAUGAUAAGGAAGCGAUGACCCAAUACGACAAUCUGUGCAACGCGUUCUUCUCACGGCUGCUGGUGGAACGCCGACAGAGCAAGCUGCUGAGAGAGAAGGACUACGAGACGGCCAUCAAGAGCCUGCUGGAGACAUUUCCCGGCUGGAACGAGAUGACCAUGACUCAUCUGCAGGGAAUUUUCCAUCUCUUCGACAAGAAGCGCAGCGGUUUGAUCGAUUUCAAAGAGUUUUGCUCAUUGGUGGAAAGCUUUGGAGAUGACAGUUCAAAAGACACAAGACGUGUGGCCUUUGAACAAACUGACAGUGAUAUGGACGGACAGAUCAAUUACAAUGAAUUUCUAAGUGUGAUCUACAACUACGACCCUCCAGACGAGGAUGGUCACAUCCAAGGUUUGGCUCUCAAGUGCAAGACGAUUGCUGAAGACAUCAAUUUCGUAUCCAAGUUGACAGUUGGAGAGCAAAUCGAAUAUGGACUUUUCUAGAAAGUUUUAUAUUUUUGAACCUGUGUCAUAAACAUUCAGAUGACCUGUAACAUAGAAAAAAUGCUACCUUACAUAGAAUGUAAAUAGUACGGGUACGAAUUGAUUUAAUUGAUAAUUUUAUAUUUCUACUGUAUGAGAGCCUUUUUCCCACACUAAGUCCCUUGAAAUUUUCAAAAAACAGACCUUUGUGAAUGGAUUAUCAUGUGAAUGUAUGUUGGUUUUUAAGUCAUGUUCAUUUAGUUUUCUGUUUAUGUUCCAUUGAAAAUAAACAUUAAGUAUUUAAGUACAAGACUAGGGUGAUAUAAUGGCAAAAUAGCUCCAACAAGCUAUACAAUCUAUACAAUCUGAAUCUAUACAAGCUAUACAAUAGUUACAAGCUUACAAUCUACUUUAUUGUUGGAGGUUCAUAAAGCAUGGUUUUUGUAGAGUUUCAAAUAAAAUUCUAUUCAUUGCCAAUGGGAUUAAUGUUGGAUUUCUUUGAUAGCUAUUAGAAAUAGCAAAAUACACAUCGAUUUUAGUUG